CGUGUGGAUAUAACCAGUGGAACACAUCCAAUUCAAUUGGAACAAAUUGUUGACAAUAUUCGCAAUAAACGUUUCCAGGUAUUGCGGCCAAUUGAAGGUGAACAGGGUGUAGCGAUUCCGGGAGCAAGUGAACUCUUCAUUUUUGGUUUAUGUGUGGCAUCGGAUUUCCUGAGAGUCCCAGGAGAGUCCCAGGAUGAUUAG